AUGCGUCAAUCGAUGAGUACCGGAGCUGUUGCAGCUCUCGCUGCUUCUACAGCAAAUGCUGCCUCCCUUGCCGAUCUCUGCACUGUUUCCAAUGUCCAAGCUGCUUUACCAGCAAACGGAACCUUGAACGGCAUCAACCCAAUUGCGACUUCUGUUACUGCUAACGCAGUUUACAAUGCCACUACGAAAUCUUCAGACGUCGCUUACAACUAUUGCAAUGUCACCGUCACCUAUGCUCAUCCUGGAAAAGAUUUAGUCGUCGCUUGGUACAACUUUCCUAGCCCAGAGAGCUACAAGAACCGUUUCUAUGUUGGCGGUGGAGGUGGAUACGCUCUCAGCGCCGAUCCCACUGGAGGUUUGCCAUAUGGUGCUGUGAGUGGAGUCUCUGAUGCAGGUUAUGCUGCCAUUAGUGGCACAACUGUCGAUGAAGUUGUCUUGACUGGAAAUGGAUCCAUCAACUGGGAUAGUGUCUACAUGUUCUCAUACCAGGCACUUGGUGAGAUGACUCAACUUGGAAAGGCCAUCACACCAUUGUUCUACAAUAACAACUCCUCAAAGCUCUACACCUACUACGAGGGAUGCUCUGAUGGUGGACGUGAGGGUAUGUCACAAAUUCAACGUUAUGGUUCCGAGUACGAUGGCGCCAUUACUGGUGCUCCAGCUUUCCGUUACGGACAACAACAAGUGAACCACUUGUUUUCCAACGUCGCUGAGGUCAUGAUGGACUACUUCCCACCUCCUUGUGAAAUGGACAAGAUUGUUAACAUGACAAUUGCUGCCUGUGAUCCCCUUGACGGCCGUACUGAUGGCGUCGUAUCUCGAACCGAUCUUUGCAAGAUGCACUUUGACUUGAACAGCACUAUUGGCGCUGCUUAUUCUUGCGAAGCUUCAAGUAGCAGCUCCCUUGGAUUUGCUUUCGGUCAAAAGGCUAAGAGACAAAUGGGCAUGCCCACUGCUGAUACACCUGCCCAAAAUGGAACUGUCACCGCUCAAGGAGCUGCUCUCGCUGCUCAACUUUACGACGGUAUGUUCAACUCCAAAGGAGAGCGUGUCUACCUUCCAUGGCAACCAGCUUGUUCAUUCCAAGACGCUACCACAAGCUAUGACAACACUACCGAUACAUGGGGAGUUGAUAUCGCAUCUACCGGAGGUGAAUUUGUAACCAAGUUCAUCCAAUUGGUUGAUCUCGACAACCUUGCUUCGCUUGAGGGCGUCACAAUGGAUACGCUCCAAGGAUGGAUGCAACAAGCAAUGGUCAGAUACAUGGACAGUUUGCAAACCACCGUCCCUGAUAUCUCCGAGUUUCAAUCUUCCGGAGGAAAGCUCAUCCACUAUCACGGAGAGUCCGAUGACAGUAUCCCAACCAGUUCUUCAGUUCGCUACUACGAUUCCGUUCGCUCCAUCAUGUACCCUAAACAAUCCUUCAACGAGAGUAUCAACUCUCUCAAGGCAUGGUACAAGCUCUUCCUCAUCCCAGGAGCCGCCCACUGCAGCACCAACACUCUUCAACCAGGUCCUUACCCAGCAGACAACAUGGCUACCAUGAUCGAUUGGGUUGAGAAUGGUAUUGAGCCUGAGAGACUUAAUGCUACUGUUAGCAGUGGUACUUACGAGGGAGAAGUUCAGAAGCUUUGCGCUUUCCCAUUGAGACCUAUCUGGGAUUCUGAGGGUACUUUGUCCUGCGAAUAUGAUCAAACUUCCGUUGACAGCUGGAUUUACACCCUUGAUGCUUUCAAGGUCCCAGUCUACUAG